AAGGAGUUGCUGAGGUCAAGGAGAGCCAUGAGGGUUCGCAUGAGGGAACUCCUCCCUUUGAUUCUGGUGUUGGCGAUCGUCGUUUACUACAAACUGCUUAUACGAUCGACGUUUUUGACUUUGACUAAAACAACCCGGCAGUUUUACCGGUUCCCAACGGAUAGAAACAAUGUCGUUUCUCCAACAGUAAGCGGAGAUUUUAUUCUGUCCAAUGGAAAUGGAGUAGUAGUUUCACCGACUAAUGAAAAGAGGCCUUCCGUACGUGCCACAGCCUUUAUAUUAUCCCAGAUGAGAAGCGGAUCCUCAUUCGUCGGUGAGAUCUUCAACCAACAUCCGGGAUCUUUCUACCUGUUCGAGCCUCUGUGGGCCACGCAGUUUUACGACAAUGGGACACACAACGUUCAGGAAUGGCAAUUCAAACUGCUCCAAGGAGUAGCCAAUUGUCAAUUCGAGGGUCUAGAAGACCUUAUGGAAUACUUCAUGGCUACCAAAACUGCCAAACGCUUCGGUGGUUUUCGGAAAAGCGCAUCUUUGCGAAAACUGUGUGAAAACUACCCCAAGCGCAAUCUUUUACACCGACAUGACCAUGAUGUAGUCUUUUCUAAAAAGUGUCCUAUUCCAAAGAAAAAUCUUACCUCUGUUUUGAACGAGGCAUGUACGAAAUCAAAACUCAACGUCGCGAAGGUCAUACGUGUCAAGAACGUCAAUAUCUUUGAGCAAAUCGUGAGAAAUGGGUCCGAAAUCGGACAGCACGUCAAAGUCAUCCAUCUUGUCCGGGAUCCUCGCGCUGCGAUCGCUUCUCGAAUCAGAGUGUACAACUUACGUCAGCCUGCUCCGUUCUCAGACGAGUUUGUGGACGAAAAAAACGUAGAAGUUCGCUGUAAACACAUGGUGGAAAACGCACAGGUCCAAGAUGGCGUCCCUGACUGGCUAGUCGGCCACUAUGCCCUAAUAAGGUAUGAAGACGUUGCCAUGGCACCGGCCGCCAUGACGGAGAAAUUGUAUAAUUUUAUCGGUGCUGAUAGUGACAAGGCGGUCUUUGAUUGGCUGGCGGAAAACACAAACGCCACGGAGCCGGAUAAAAAUGUGUAUUCCCGGAAGAGGAACUCCAGGGACACUGUUGACGCCUGGAGACGGAAUCUGAGUCUGUCCGCGGUGCUGAAGAUUCAGAAGAUUUGCCGGGACGCCCUGGAGAUGUUCGGGUACAGAACCGUGCAGGGACAGGCGGAACUAACCAACCUGAGUCUGUCUCUGGUGGGAGACAUGGAGAACAACCUGGUGCAGAUCUCGUGAGACUGAGAUUAUCAUUAUGAAAGUCCUAAUAGCCAGUGUCUCUACUUGAACUCACCAACUUGUCGUUUCACAUGUAGCGUUAUAGUAUUCGAUCACGCACAUGUGCAAACACAAUUCGCAUUUAUGUACUUGUCAAACUGCUGUUGCGAGAUAUAUACUUAAAACAAGUGACUAAACGUUAGAGUCACGCGCGCUUGAAAUACGUUGAGCACAAAUCCACGAGCCAGUAGCCCUAGUUGAAUACACUGAGAAGAAACCACAAACUUUCCGAUUCCGAUGCACACGUAGUGUCUUAGUGUUCAGACAGUGCAUACCCAUGUUUAGGCUGC